AUGUCACUAGCAGCUGUAGAGCCCACAUUGGGUACAGAUACUGUUACUAGGGCUCUCAAAAGAAAUAUAAGGGAUGUUGAGUCAGAGCAGGCGCUAGAGAAGGAGCAACAAGAGCAACAACCGGAUGCUCAAGUAUUUAUAGAGAGUGGUACUGAGGGCAUCAUUUCUCCUGAUACCAAAAAAGUGAAACUAGAUACAGGCAACUGGAUACCUCCUUCUAUAACCAGUAUACACUAUUUUGAAGAGUUUAAAACUUCAACAUACAUUUCAGAAAUUCCAUAUGAAAUUUCACAAGCACCGACAAAGCCAGUUGUCAUUGGCAUUGACGAAGCUAGAAGAGGGCCAGUACUAGGUCCCAUGGUGUAUGGGCUUGCAUAUUCAUUAAAGGAUUUUCUGAGCAAGUUACAAAAAACCUAUGGAUUUGCUGAUUCAAAGCAAUUGACCGAUGAUAAACGACAACAAUUGUUUCAAAUGAUUGAAGAUGCUGACCAACAUGAGUUGAAUAAACAUAUCGGAUGGGCGACAACUACAAUGACAGCAAAAGAUAUAUCACUGGGAAUGUUACGUUCAGUACAUGGAAUUGGUGCAUACAACUUGAAUGAGCAAGCCCAUGAUGCGACAAUCAAUUUAAUCAAGCAAGUUAUAAACCAGGGUAUCAAUGUAACUGAGAUUUAUGUUGAUACAGUUGGGCCACCAGUGUCCUAUCAAGCUAAAUUGAAGAAACUUUUCCCAACAAUCGAUAUUACCGUGUCCAAAAAAGCUGAUAGUGUAUACCCCAUUGUUUCAACCGCAUCAGUAGUGGCCAAAGUUACUAGAGAUUUAAACAUUCGUCAUUACAAUACUCAUUUACCUAUAUUACAGGGCCAAAAAUUGGGAUCGGGUUACCCCAGUGAUCCAAACACUAGCUAUUGGUUGAAUCAUAAUGUUGACCCUGUAUUUGGUUGGUGUUUCGGAUUCAUUAGAUUUUCAUGGCAAACUGCAAAAGAUGCAUUGAUGAAGCAUGAUGCAGUUGAAGUGAUUUAUCAAGAUGAUUGUGUUAAGGAGAAGGGGUAUAAGGAUGUAUCGCAAAUGUUUGUUAUGGAUAGAAGUACCUCAGGGAAAAUAAGCAAGAGUCAGUUCAAUAGUGAUGAUGUCAACUUGAUGUAA